AUGCUCUCAGGCAGCCGCUUCACGACGUACCUCUUUGCGUCGACGGCGCUCGUCGUGGGCGUCACGUACCACACUCACUCCAUCCGCCGCCAGUUCUACCCGACGGUCAUCGCACUGACCACCAACAAGGUAGCUUCGCUUGUGCUGGCCAACGCAGCCCUAGCGCUCACGCUGCUCGUGGGGCGCAUACUCAAGUCGGCCUUCUUCGGCCGCCUUCGCGAGGCGGAGGUGGAGCACCUGUACGAGCGCGCGUGGUACGCCAUCACCGAGACCUGCCUCGCGAUGACCAUCUUCCGUGAAGAGUUCAACAUAUCGUUCUGCGCGAUGUUUUGCGCGCUCCUCUUCAUCAAGUCGUUCCACUGGCUUCUGCAGGAUCGGAUCGCCUUCCUCGAGCAGGCGCCGGAGGUGCGGCUCGUCACUCACCUCCGGGUGCUCGGCCUCACCUCGGCGCUCGCCGCCCUCGACGCCGCGUUCCUCUACCACGCUCUUUCGUCCUCCAUCGCACGCGGGCCGUCGGUGCUGCUGCUCUUCGCGUUCGAGUACCUACUUCUCUCGAGCACCAUUGCCGCCACCUUCGUCAAGUACGCCCUCUACGUCAAUGAGGCGCGCCUAGGCGGCCGCUGGGACGAGAAGGGUGUCUACCUCUUCUACCUCGACCUCGCGACCGACCUGUUCCACAUGCUCAUCUACCUCGGCUUCUUCGCGCAGCUCGCCGUCCUCGAGCCGCACCCGUCAGCCGUUCCUCCUGGAGCAACCUCCUCCUCCGGGGCAGCGUCGUCCUCCGGGGCGGCGACUUCCUCCGAGGGUCUGGGCCAUCAGGCCGGCGCCUCAUCGUCCGCGGAUGCUGCACCGGCGACACCCACUUCCGCCGAAGGCUUGCGCCAGAUGCGACUGCAAAGGCUGUCACAGCCGCCGCCCGGGUAG